AUGGAUAACAGCAAGCCAGUGAAGACGCCUCAAGAUCCCGGCCUGAAGCUAACCAAGAACAUGUGUGAACAAGAAUGCAAGCACGAAGACACCAUGUGCAACGUGCCAUAUCGAAGUGCUGUCGGAGGCAUCAUGUAUCUCAUGGUCGCCACACGUCCGGAUCUAGCUGCUGCAGUGGGAUCAUUAUCCCAGUUCUCGUCCGACCCAUGCCCGACUCACUGGCAAGCUUUGAAGCGUGUGCUGAGAUACCUGCAAGCAACGCCCAAUCAUGGUCUUGAGUUUACACGUGAAGAAGGAAGCCGCAUCUGCGGGUACACCGACGCAGACUGGGCCGGCGACAUUGAGUCAAGACGAAGUACAAGCGGCUAUGUGUUCAUGAUGAGCGGAGGAUGCAUCAGCUGGAAAAGCCAGAAACAACGGACGGUCGCGCUAUCUUCAACAGAAGCAGAAUACAUGGCGCUUUCCGAAGCAACCAAAGAAGCAGUAUGGCUCAAAGUGCUUUUGGGGGAACUUGGUGAGAUGACAAGCGACGAAGCGAUCAAGAUGUAUGAAGACAACCAAGGAUCAAUCGCUCUCGCCAAGAACCCGGAGUUCCAUAAGAGAACAAAACACAUCGACAUACGCUACCAUUUUGUGCGUGAGAAGGUGGAAUCAGGUGAAGUCGUUUUGGAGUAUUGCCCGACUCAAGAUAUGCUGGCAGACAUGAUGACCAAGCCGAUCGCCGCUGUACAAUUUGAAAACAUUCGCGAUCGACUUGGGAUCCAAGGUGCCGCAGCUAACGAGUCGAGAGGGAGUGUUGAAAAGACAGCGGCUGUGAAGAAGACACCUCGUCAAGCUGCGUCAAGUGUUGAAGCAAGUGGAAGACCAAGCUUCGCUAUACCGGUGGGUACCGGUAUGUACCAGUAA